AAAAAAAACAACAUUUAGUUCUUUUUUCGUUAACAAUCUGGCUAGAUAAGUCAAAUUCUUUUCCCCAUAGUUCCGUAGGGUCUAGAUUAGUUCUAGUACAGAUUAAAUCAGAAUUUUUUUCUUUCGGAUUUUAGAGAAGGAGGCUUUAAAAUUUUUUUUUGUUUAUUUUUUUUUUCCUCCUUGUCCCUCACCCAAAAACCCAACCCACCUGUGACGAUGGAUGUAAUGAUUGUCAGCAUACUUAGACCAUUUAGAUUUUCAAGACAUCUUAGAGUAUUAACACAAUGGAAGACCAGAAUGAUGGCAAUUACUUUCUUGAUGAUUCCAGCAGUACUAACUUGAUUAUCAAUUAUUUGCCCCAAACCUUAUCGGAUGAUGAAUUCAGAUCAAUGUUUCUUAGUGUGGGUCCAAUCAAAAGUUCCAAAAUAGUAAGAGACAAAGCCACUGGGUACAGCUAUGGUUUUGGCUUUGUGGACUUUCAACAUGCUGCUGAUGCACAGAGAGCAAUUGAAACCCUUUCAGGUCUACAACUUCAAAACAAAAGAAUUAAGGUAGCAUUAGCUAGACCAGGAGGUGACCAGAUAAAAGGAGCAAAUCUUUAUAUUCGAAACUUGCCAGUGCACUGGAAGGAAACAGAAUUAAACAAAAUAUUUGAACCUUUUGGAAAGAUAAUUCAGUCUAGGGUAUUGGUUGAUCUUGCUACUGGAGUCAGUAAACGUGUAGGUUUUGUUCUUUACGAUACAAGAGAUGAAGCUGAUGCUGCUAUCAAAUGCUUGAGUGGCAAAACACCUGAAGGUUGUACAGAGCCAAUAAUGAUUAAAUUUGCAGAUGAUAACACCAAGAAAAUUAAACAAGGUGCUGUUCAGUAUGUUCCCAUCCCAAAUUUUGCUGCACCUGGACCUAUGAGGAAUCAAAUGAAUCGUUUUCAACGAUUUAACCCAAUGGCUGGAAGUUUCAAUGGGUCACCAGGUGUUCCACAAGCCCAACAAGGAGGUUACACUCUGUUUGUGUAUAACAUUGGCUUCCAAGCAACAGACCGAACACUGUGGCAGUUGUUUUCUCCCUUUGGUACUGUUCAAAAAGUCAACAUUAUGCUGGACCAUGAAAAAAAUCAGUGUAAAGGUUAUGGGUUUGUCACAAUGACAAAUUACCAAGAGGCUCAAAAUGCAAUCAACUGUCUGAAUGGAUAUUUUUUUCAAGGGAGAGUUUUACAGGUUAGCUUUAAAGGACAAAAUCAGAGUGGCCCAAGCUAAAAAGUCAUGGAUGAAGUUUUGUUUUGAACAUUCAGAGGCAUUUACUUUCAUUUCACUGAGAAUAGAUUUCCCACCCAUCCUUUUUGUUUUCCAUGCUAAACAUAACAUUAAACAUAAUUUAUAGCAAAGUUUAUCCAUUUGUAGACAUUGAAUAGGUAAUUACAAAUACUCCACUUAGCUAUGGUGUAAAUACUUUUUUUUUUAAACACUGCCUUUUUUUAAAAAAAAAAAAGAAAUGUUUUGAGCUUUAGAAAUCUAACACUGUAGAAGUCUGUUCAACACUAUCUACCAAUUCCAGUAUUUACAGGAAUUUUUUUAUUUUUAUUACUCCCUAUUUUUUUUAAACUAUUUGUUUGAUGUUUAUAGUUUCAAUAUUUGCUGGAUUAUCAUUUCCUAUUUAAUUUUUUUUUUACUUAUUUCAAAAUGUAUCCUUUUGUUUUUUUUUUUUUCUUUAUUGUUCUACUGAUUGUCACUAGAGUUUAGGACCAAAUGAACUUGUAGUCCAAUCAGAAAAGCUGGGAGAAAUAAGAUUUAAUGAUCAGUUUUUGUUUGUUUGAACAUGUGUUCACCUAACCUGUACAUAGACAUUGCUUAUUUCAAUAAACAAAAAAUAACUCAUAAUUA